AUGAAAAGUUUUUAAAAGGGUUAUCUAGAACUUAAUUAGAUCUGGCUAAGUAGAUAGUAAUAAUUAUAAAUAAUUCAGAGAAUAUGAAGCACAUCAAAAAAGAAUGGUACAAUAACGAAAGUUGACUCCUCCUAGAGAUUCAAGAAUAUAUGAAUAAGUCAAGAAAACUUAAUUUUUAAAUAAUAGAAAAAGAGAGCUUAUGAAAUGGUAAACAAUUUAAGAAUAAAAUACAUAAAUUUUAACUAGAUUAGUUAAAAUAAGUAAUAGAUCUCCAACAGUAAUUAAUAAUAUUAAAUUUUUAUUUAGCCUCCAAGUUAAUGUGGAACUCCAAGAGGACGAAGAGCAUUAAAAGAAAAAAAGUUAAGAAUAGAAAGUGAGAAUAAAAGAUUACAUAAUAAAUUGAUUGGAAUGUAUGAUUUCUUGUUUAAAUGUAAAGUUAAUCAGAUUUGAAAUAGGAAAGAUUUUAGGAAUCAUUUAUGAAACAUAAGAAAAUUUAAUAAAAUAUGUAAAGAUUUUACUUUGAUUCUAAUUUACAUAAGAUAAAGUUAAGAGUUGAUGCAUUCUUAGAUAAUGUGAAUUCUUAACGAAUAAAUGAAAGAUCUAAAAGUUAAUAUUAAAAUUCAAAAUCUUCUAGAUUUGAUCAUUCACCUUUCAAAAAUUUUAGAACUGUAAAUUAAUCUUCUUCUAAAGUUAGGGAGUGA